GGCGCCUCCGGCCCUUGCAGCGGCUGUAGUUGCGGGGCGCGAGUGUUGGCUGGCGAUGUCCCGCCCGAGCAGCGUCUCCCCUCGGCCUCCAGGCUGCGGCCCGCCCAGCGGGGGCCCCUCCACUGCCUCAGCCGCCUCCUCGUCGUCCUCCUGCUCCGGCAGUGGCCGUGCCAAGGGACUCAAGGAUAUUCGCAUCGACGAAGAAGUGAAAAUCGCCGUCAACAUCGCCCUGGAGCGGUUCCGAUAUGGGGACCAGCGCGAAAUGGAAUUUCCUUCAUCUUUAACCAGUACUGAAAGAGCUUUUAUUCACCGUUUAAGUCAGUCUCUUGGUCUGAUUUCUAAAAGCAAGGGGAAAGGAGCAAACAGAUAUCUAACUGUGAAGAAAAAAGAUGGAUCAGAGUUGGCACACACAAUGAUGACAUGUAAUUUGAUCCCUACCACAAAACAUGCUAUUAGAAGCCUCGUACAGCGAUUUCCUGUUACCAAUAAAGAGCGCACGGAGCUUCUGCCAAAGACAGAAAGAGGAAACGUAUUUGCUGUUGAAGCUGAAAAUAGAGAAAUGAGCAAAACAAGUGGCAGACUCAACAACGGCAUCCCUCAAAUCCCAGUUAAGAGGGGAGAAUCGGAAUUUGAUUCCUUUCGACAAUCUCUGCCAGUUUAUGAAAAGCAGGAUGAUAUUGUUAGAAUUAUUAAAGAAAAUAAGGUUAUCUUGAUAGUGGGGGAAACUGGAUCAGGUAAAACUACUCAGAUUCCUCAAUUCUUACUGGAUGAUUGUUACAAAAAUGGAAUACCAUGUCGAAUAUUUUGCACUCAGCCAAGACGUUUAGCAGCAAUUGCUGUGGCAGAAAGGGUUGCUGCCGAAAGAAGAGAAAAGAUUGGGCAGACGAUUGGCUAUCAGAUCCGAUUGGAAAGCAGGGUUUCUCCAAAGACUCUGUUGACCUUUUGUACUAAUGGUGUAUUGCUUCGAACACUAAUGGCUGGAGAUAGUGCCCUGUCAACUGUAACACAUGUUAUUGUGGAUGAAGUCCAUGAAAGGGAUCGGUUCAGUGACUUCUUACUUACCAAGUUAAGAGAUACAUUACAAAAACAUUCAACUUUGAAAUUAAUACUUUCCAGUGCUGCCCUAGAUGUGAACCUCUUUGUCAGAUAUUUUGGAGGAUGUCCAGUGAUAUAUAUACCAGGAAGACCAUUUGAAGUUAAAGAGAUGUUUUUGGAAGACAUAUUAAGAAGUACAGGCUAUACAAAUAAAGAGAUGAUAAAAUACAAAAAGGAAAAACUUCGAGAGGAGAAACAACAGACAACUCUGACUGAGUGGUAUUCUGCGCAAGACGAUAGCAAGCCAGAAUCUCAACGACAGAGAGCAAUUCCGAAUGUAGCUGAAGAAUAUGAUUUGUUGGAUGAUGGCGGUGAUACAGUUUUCAGUCAAUUGGCUGAAAAAGAUGUCAACUGCCUUGAACCAUGGUUAAUUAAAGAGAUGGAUGCUUGUCUGUCUGAUAUCUGGUUGCGUAAAGAUAUUGAUGCCUUUGCACAGGUGUUCCACCUUAUUUUAACUGAAAAUGUCAGUGUGGACUACAGGCAUAGUGAGACAAGUGCAACAACUUUGAUGGUAGCUUCUGGAAGAGGUUUCUUGAGUCAGGUUGAACAGUUGAUUGGAAUGGGAGCAAAUGUUCACAUCAAAUCAUCCAAUGGCUGGACAGCUUUGGACUGGGCUAAACACUUUGGACAAACAGAAGUAGUUGACCUGUUGGAAUCCUACUGUGCUUCAUUAGAGUUUGGUAAUCUAGAUGAAAGUUCCUUGGUCCAUGUGAAUGCUGGAGAACUUAGUGCAGAAGACAGAGAACUCUUGAAAGCUUAUCAUCACAGUUUUGAUGAUGAAAAGGUGGAUCUCGACCUUAUUAUGCAUCUGCUGUAUAAUAUCUGUCAUAGUUGUGAUGCAGGGGCAGUCUUAAUUUUCCUUCCUGGGUAUGAUGAGAUCGUUGGCUUGAGGGAUCGCAUACUGUUUGAUGACAAAAGGUUUGCUGAUAAUCCACACAGGUUCCAAGUUUUUAUGUUGCAUUCUAAUAUGCAAACAUCAGACCAAAAGAAGGUGCUAAAGACUUCAUCCCCAGGCAUUCGCAAAAUAAUUCUUUCUACUAAUAUUGCCGAAACCAGCAUCACAGUUAACGAUGUUGUCUUUGUGAUUGAUUCUGGAAAGAUGAAAGAGAAAUCCUUUGAUGCAUUGAACUGUGUAACUAUGCUAAAGAUGGUAUGGAUUUCUAAAGCUAGUGCCAUCCAGAGGAAGGGCAGGGCAGGGCGUUGCCGGCCUGGAAUUUGUUUCCGACUUUUCAGUAAGCUCCGAUUCCAGAACAUGCUUGAAUUCCAGACUCCAGAACUUCUAAGAAUGCCUCUACAGGAGCUUUGUUUGCAUACAAAAUUGCUAGCUCCCAUCAACUGUCCAAUUGCUGACUUUUUAAUGAAAGCUCCAGAACCACCACCUGCUUUGAUAGUGAGAAAUGCUGUACAGAUGCUUAAGACAAUAGAUGCUAUGGAUACAUGGGAAGAUCUGACUGAACUUGGCUAUCAUCUGGCUGAUUUACCAGUAGAGCCUCAUCUUGGUAAAAUGGUGUUGUGUGCUGUUGUUCUGAAGUGCCUGGAUCCUAUUCUGACAAUUGCUUGUACUCUUGCAUAUCGUGACCCUUUUGUGCUACCCACGCAAGCCUCUCAAAAACGUGCCGCUAUGUUGUGCAGAAAGCGAUUUACCGCAGGAACAUUUAGUGACCACAUGGCCCUUCUCCGUGCUUUCCAGGCAUGGCAGAAAGCGCGAAGUGAUGGCUGGGAAAGAGCUUUUUGUGAGAAGAACUUCCUUUCUCAGGCAACAAUGGAGAUUAUCAUAGGAAUGAGAACACAGUUGCUUGGACAGCUUAGAGCUUCAGGUUUUGUUAGAGCCAGAGGGGGAGGUGAUAUAAGAGAUGUUAACACAAAUUCGGAGAACUGGGCUGUGGUGAAAGGUGCCUUAGUGGCCGGAAUGUAUCCAAAUGUAGUUCACGUUGACAGAGAGAAUGUUGUCUUGACGGGACCAAAAGAAAAAAAAGUCCGAUUUCAUCCUACCUCUGUUCUGAGCCAGCCUCAGUAUAAAAAGAUUCCUCCAGCAAAUGGUCAAGUGGCAGCUCUUCAGGCACUUCCCACAGACUGGCUUAUAUAUGAUGAGAUGACCAGAGCCCACAGAAUAGCCAACAUCAGGUGCUGUUCAGCCGUCACUCCUGUCACCGUGGCCCUCUUCUGCGGAUCUGCUAGGCUGCCAAGUAAUGCUUUGCAAGAGCCUUCAUCCUUCAGAGUGGAUGGUGUCCUCAAUGACAGCAGUGAUAGUGAGAUGGAAGACAGAACAACGGCUAAUUUGGCGUCACUGAAGCUGGAUGAAUGGCUCAAUUUCAAACUGGAUCCUGAGGUCAGUGCUUCAUUGCUUUUUAACAAACAAAGACAAAAAUCAGAUCUUGAAUACUUAGAUCUUCAAGCAGUUUUUAAAAUUGUAGUUCAAUC